CUGCAUUAAAGCUCAUUCAUGUGAAGAAGCUCUGUAAUGAACAACAGCCCAACAGCGCCCCCGCUGCUGCUCCGGAUGAUCCCGGAACUGCAUCGCUUCGCAGAGAGACUCGUGUGUCUCCGUCAGAUUCCAUCCCUGCAGUAGCUCCUCAGCAGCAGCUCCUCUGCAGCACACCACCGACAUCUUGGUACUUUCCAAAUAAAGAAAAAGCGAAACGAAACUCCCUGGAUAACUAGACACCCAAAAAAGAGGAAAAGGCAUCCGUCUUUUCUUCCCUUCGGAUCUCGGACUAUAAUAUCUGGAGAUAAUGGCAGAGCAUCUGUCCCAGAGUGAGCUGGACUACCCAUUCAAACUUCUGGAGUAUUUCAACGGCUUCAGGGUCUCAAAGGUGAUAUUUACAGCCUGUGAGCUGGGAGUAUUUGACCUCCUGCUGAAGUCCCAUGAUCCUGUGAGUGCCCAGCAUGUAGCCCAGGAGCUCAGCACCAGUGUGGACGGGAUACAGAGGCUGCUGGAUGCACUGGUGGGCAUCGAGAUCUUGGAGGUGGAGACCACAGACGGGACAGCUUUGUACAGCAGCACUGAUGUGGCAAAUCUUUACCUGGCCAAAGGCAGCGCCAAGUCUCUUCAUGACAUGAUCAUCUACCAAUCCCAGACUGUCUACCCGCUGUGGAACAACAUGGUGGAUGCUGUCAGGGAGGGGAAGAAUCAGAAUGAAAAGACCUUUGGCCUCCGACCAGAGGAUAUUUUCCGAGCUAUUUACAGAUCAGAGGAGGAGAUGCUGAAAUUCAUGGGUCUAAUGAACUCCACCUGGGUUCUUGACGGACACGACGUUGUGACAGCGUUCAACCUCUCCUGCUUUCAGAAUAUAAUAGAUCUUGGAGGAUGCACUGGUGCUCUGGCCCGUGAGAUGGUGAAGGCUUAUCCGUCCUCCUCUGUCUCAGUGUUUGACCUCCCGCAGGUCGUAGAGAUGGCUCAGAAACAUUUCUCUCAAGAGAACGAUGCUGUUGCAUUUCUAACUGGAGAUUUCUUCAGUGGUGAACUUCCACCUGCUGACUUGUACGUUCUGGCCAGGAUCAUUCAUGACUGGCCGGAAGAGAAGUCCCUGGCACUGCUGAAGAAGAUUUAUGACAUCUGCAAACCAGGCGGCGGUGUCCUGCUGGUGGAAGCCUUGCUGUUUGAGAACAGACGAGGGCCCGUCAUGGCUCAGACCUUCUCCCUGAACAUGCUUGUGCAAACGGAGGGCCGCGAGCGCCCUCCAUCCGAGUAUACCAAAAUUUUAAACAAAUCCGGCUUCAGCAACAUUCAGGUGUGCUGGACCGGCAAGACCUACGACGCGAUCUUGGCCAUCAGAUGAGCUCAGACUAAGUGAGUCACGCGAGAGUGGGAAAGUGAAGAAAGGUCAACUUUUUCAAGGCCUUGGAAAAGUUGUGAGGUGGAAAAAAAGAAGCAAAAAAGCGUUGCCAGUCUCAGUGCACAUGGGUCUACAGUAUAUGUUGUGGUAAACCCUUGUGAGAUUAUUAUCACUAUAACUCAAGUUGUUUUUCAAGGAUCAUGUCAAUAAAAACAUUCUCUGUAUUGAGGUUAAGGAAGCUUAGCAUAAAUACUGAAAACCGGGGGAAACAGCUUGCCUGGUUAAGGUAACAAAAUCUGCAUACCAGCACAUCUAAAGCUCGUAAAUUAGAUAAUUAUAGCUUGUUUGUUUUAUCUGCACAAACAUUGAAGUGUAAAAACAACAUGUUGUGGUUAAAUUGGCGGGUUUUGUUUCCCUUUUUCCAGUCUAAGCUAAUGCUAAGCUAUACUCACUGGCUGCUGGUUGCAGCUUAAUAUUUUAUGGACAGACAUGAGAGUGGGUCAUCUAACUUUCUGCAAGAAAGCGAAUAGUGAGUGUUUACAAAAUGUGGAACUAUUCCUUUAAAGGUUUCCCAUAGACACCCAAUAUAGUAUCAGUUAUUUUAUAGAUAUUAGACUGGCCUAAUUUUAAUAAUGUUUAAAAGCAAAAUAAGAUGUUUUACUUUGUUGCUUGUUUGACUUUUUUAUUGAGAUUCUCAAAAAUACCCAAAUCUGCUCAAUAUUUGCAGUCAUAUAUUUUUAUAUAUCAGCCGCCUAUCACCAGAAUCAAACACUAAAUAGUGCUGGGUACAUAUCAGAUUAAAGUUUUCUUAUUGGUCACAAUGUUUCUGGUGUAUUAUGGAGGCGCAUUCCAAAAAUGAUGAACCCAUUAUCAACAUAUUAUAGAUAUCUUUUUAUGAACGGUCAGCCUAAAUGUUGGACCAACGUCACAUAAAGAUAGUCUGUAAAUAAUGUGCAAAACAUUUUUUACGAGAAAUUUUAUAUUUAAAAUCCUGGAUUGGAUGAAAUAGAUUUUUCUUCAUUGAAUUUUUCACCUUUUUUAAUAUUUAAAAUGAAUACCCACACAUUCCCAUAAUAUGUAUUUUUAAAACAAACAAAACAGAUAAUUAAACUGUAACAUGUCCAUCUAAUCUACAGGGUGACAGGUGACUGGUAUCCAAUUUAAAUGUGAAGAUAAAAGUAAUAGUUCAUAACAGAUGUUUUGGGCAAGUUUGCACACUGUUGAAGAAAGUCUUCAUCCAAUGUCUUUGCAUAAAUUUAUUGUUAUUAUUUUGUGAAUACUUCUCUUUUUAAGUCAAUAACAUAAAAAGUAACAAAGACACAUGCACACAUAGUUCUACAUCAUUUGUGUACACUUGUCCUGCUGUUGGUGAAAAAGUAAAAGUUUCAGAAAACACUGUGUUGUGAUGUUGUUACAUGUGACUGUGUGUUUGUUGUGAUGCUCUGUGUGUGUGAUGAGUUCAGGUUCCCCCUCAGACUGUAUGUAGAUCAGAGUCUACAGGACAACCCUUUAUCGCCAUCGUUCCUCUGCUGGUGUUAGAAAGUUCUGCGUUUCUUAUUUUGGGCUGGUAGUUGUGUAAACUUCUAGUUGAAGGAAAAUCACUGUAGUAUUUCUUAUUGAUGUUUGUUUGUUGCAUUUCCAGAACAUCAUGUGUUUAUAGAAAGUAAUUUGCAUAAUCUCAGUGCUGAAAAUGUCAUAUAUAUUGAAUACAUUCUAGAUAACAGUGUAAGCAGGGUUUUCUUUUUAAGUUGACUAUAUAAUUUUUUUGUGAUUUGCAUCUGUGUCAUAGAUAAUGUGAAUGCAAAAUAUCAAGAUGUUUGAUAGAAACAUAAAAAAACUGUCCUUUUGAAUCAUCACAUGGUACUGUAAGCUUGUUUUCUGUCUCCUGACAUUCCACAUGUUGGCAGCAUGCAUCCCCCAGAUUAAAUACAUUUAAAAAUAAAAAAUAAAUUUUUUAAAAAUG